GAAAUAUAGUAAUCUAUGUAUCACUUUGUGCUUAAGGGUAUAUUUUGUGUAACGCUUCGCUUUGCGACUAUCUGUAGAUUGAACGUGGAAAAUUGAAGAGUUAGUUAUCCAAUGAUAAUUUAUAGUUACGGUAUAAUUGUGUAAAAUAUAAUCGUGUUGAAAUAAAUCACGUUGUAAACGUUGCGACUGAUUAACACGAUAUAUUCAAUUUUUUAAAAAAUGAGUCGCAAAAGAAUACAUGAAGAGGAAGAUGGAUACGAACGGACGUAUAAGAAACGUAGGAGGGUAUCAGAGAAUCAAGAGAUUGAAGAUCGACUUGAAUCUCUCAUCCUGAGAGUAGGAGAAAAAUCUACAUCAUCCUUAGAGAGCAACCUUGAGGGUCUAGCUUCAGUGUUAGAAGCUGAUCUUGGACUAUUUCGCAGCAAAAUACUUAGGAUUCUGACUGAAUGUGCAAUUAGGAUGCCAGAAAAAUGUACAAUUUAUACCACUCUUGUUGGAUUGUUGAAUGCAAAGAACUUUAAUUUUGGUGGUGAAUUUGUUGACUACAUGGUAAAGAACUUUAAAGACGCAUUGAAAGCUUGUAAAUGGGAUGUAGCUAGAUAUUCAUUAAGAUUUCUAGCCGAUUUAGUAAACUGCCAUGUUUUAUCUUGUGGAUCUUUAAUGCAAUUGUUUGACAAUAUGUUAGAUGCUGCUAAUGAAGAUGGUGUACCUCAAGUAAGACGAGAUUGGUAUGUCUAUGCUGUAUUAUCAACAUUACCAUGGGUAGGAAGAGAAUUAUAUGAAAAAAAGGAACAAGAGUUAGACCAUUUGAUGGUUACAAUAGAAAUAUUUUUAAAUAAAAGAAGUAAAAAGCAUCAAGCAGCAUUAAGAGUAUGGUCAAGUGACACACCUCACCCUCAGGAAGAAUAUUUAGAUUGCUUAUGGGCUCAAGUGAGAAAACUUAGGCAAGACAAUUGGGCAGAAAAACAUAUUCCUAGACCAUAUCUUGCGUUUGACUCAAUAUUAUGCGAAGCACUGCAACACAAUUUACCUACUAUAAUGCCACCGCCGCAUCAUGAAUCUUAUUCCUAUCCACUACCUACAGUUGUUUUCCGCAUGUUUGAUUACACAGAUUGCCCAGCUGAAGGACCGUUAUUACCUGGAAGCCAUGCUAUAGAACGUUUUCUUAUAGAGGAACAUUUAAAACAAAUUAUCAACAAUUACUUCUUUGAAAGAAAAGAUUGUGCAGCCCAACUAUUGAACUUUCCAUAUAAAGCAAAAAUACCAUUGGAUUAUUGUAUAGUUGAAGUAAUAUUUGGUGAAUUAUUUAGACUACCAGCUCCAAAGCAUUUAGAAAUAUGUUAUGGGUCGAUUUUAAUUGAACUUUGCAAAUUACAACCAUCAACAAUGCCACAGGUUUUGGCACAAGCAACAGAAAUUUUAUUCCGUCGCAUAGACAGUAUGGCCGCUACUGCUUUUGAUCGUUUCGUAUGGUGGUUCGCAUAUCAUUUAAGCAAUUUUCAAUUUCGUUGGUCCUGGGAAGAUUGGGAUUCUUGUUUGCAACGCGAUCCCGAACAUCCUCGGCCAAAAUUUAUUCGAGAAGUACUUCUAAAAGCUUUACGAUUAUCAUAUUACCAAAGAAUACGGGAUAUGAUGCCAGGAUCGUACGCUGACUUAAUUCCAGCACCUCCAGAGCCUAUUUAUAAAUAUACUUCAGAGGGUGCCAGUUCACUUCCGGGCACAGCAGCAGCUCAUGAAUUGGUCGUUUCUAUAAGACGUAAGUGUACUCCAGAAGAAGUUCUCAACGUAUUAAAUACGUUACCAGGUCCUAGAGAAAAUGAAGAAACGAAUAAUUUCAAUCCUUUAAAAAUUGAUGUCUUUGUACAAACAUUAUUGAAUUUAGGUUCAAAAAGCUUUAGCCACAGUUUUGCAGCGAUAGGAAAAUUUCAUUAUGUUUUUCAAGUUCUUGCUGAAACUGAAGAAGCUCAAAUAUGCAUUUUGAGAAAUAUGUAUGCAUUAUGGAAGAAUCACUAUCAAAUGAUGGUAGUCUUGACUGAUAAAUUCUUAAAAACUGGUAUUAUUGAAUGUAGUGCAAUCGCAAAUUGGAUAUUUUCUAAAGAAAUGGUAUCAGAAUUUACCAAAUUAUAUAUUUGGGAAAUUCUUCAUUUAACAAUCCGAAAGAAAAACAAACAUGUAACAAAGUUAAGCACAGAAUUAGCGGAAGCUCGUGAGAAGUUGAGGAGAGCAGAAAGUAGGUCAGGUUCAUCAUCAGAAGAUGAAGACAAUAAUAAAGACAGGAAUAGGGAAAAACCUUCGGAAGAUGUUGUAGAAAGAAUGGAGGAAAAGCUGGAAACAGCUCAAGCAGAUCAGAAAAAUUUGUUCCUUAUCAUUUUCCAGCGUUUUAUAAUGAUUCUAUCGGAACAUUUAGGACGCUGUGAUACUGACGGUAUAGAUUAUAAUACUCACUGGUACAAAUGGACCAUUGGCAGACUACAGCAAGUGUUCCUAACUCAUCAUGAGCAGGUUCAAAAGUAUUCAUCAACAUUAGAAACUUUACUUUUUACUCCAGAUCUGGAUCCGCAUAUCUUGGAUGUUUUCCAUCAGUUUGUUUCUCUACGAGCAUGAAUGUCAUUUUCUACAGUAAUCGUUAUGUUAAAUGUAUUUUAUGUUAUCAAAAAGUUGGGAGACUAAUUUCCAACUUUUGAAUAUUUUAUAUAAUCAUUGUUAGACACAUUGUGACUUUUCAUGACGCGAUUGGCGAAUUAGAACUAAAAAGAGGAAAUUUUUAUAUUGCAAUAUAUUCUGUGACAAAUUAUUUGAUUUUCAGGACAGCAUAAUAUCAUGUAAUAUGUAACAUAACAUUAUGUGUAAAUGCUAAAUGCGUUAUUACGCGUGAUGUAAAUAUAUUUAUCCAGCUUUAA